ACGCUCGACUGUGUACAUAUUGGGCAUAUGACUCGCCAUAAAAAUAUGUUUCAAUUGAUAACCUGGAGUUGGUUGAAAGUUCAAGAACUCGCUGGGUAACAGUUGGCUAAUCCUGAGUGACGUGCAUUGAUCGUUGGGUGCAACCUUCUCAGUCAUCUUCAACUCUUUGACUGUGGUAGUUUUAUGGCGAGCGGUCCAUGUCGUUUUUACACAAGCUUAAAGGAUGCCAGUUUAAGACGUCCAUACAUCAAAUAGGGGUCAAAGUUCAUAGUCCUAUUAGGAACAAUGUUUUAUAUCUUCAUACAAACAACUUUUUUUCUAAGUCAAGCACUCAUUUCAUUUGGUUACCCCAGCCAACAUAAAGGACGAGAUCUCCCAGCACUGUCUGGCAGUAACUACAAGUUUGUGGGAGAGGAAGUAGAGUUGACCUGUGUACUCAAUCAAAAGGCUUUGGACAACAAUUUUACUGCUGGUGACAUCUUUUUUAUGCACUAUAACAUUACAGCCUACAGCCAGCGCCAGUGUAUUCCUCCAAGCUUUGUCCAUAUAGUCAACACAACAACAUCAACUCUCAGACUUCCUAAUGUCACUCUAGCUAAUGCUGGAGAAUAUUCGUGUUAUGUUGAUACCCUGCCUUGUGGAGCUGGAAGACAAUUGGAGAUGAUUGCUUCUACUGAUGUUCAGGUUCAGUAUGGCCCUCAGAACGUGACCAACAUGAGAUGUGUUGUGUAUGAGAUGGAAACAAUGACUUGCACCUGGCAACAUCCUGUCAGCUACAACAUGGAAGACACAACUGUGUCUGUCUACUUUAACUCAGAUAAGAACUUUGACCAGCUUCAAGCAUGUCCAGACCUCAGCUUUGAAAGGUGUGUUUGGACUUCUGACAACUUCAGUCCAGUGCCUUACCGUAUCCAGAUAAAUAUUACAAACACGGUUAGACACGAAUCAGCUGUUCAGAUUUUUGAACGUGAUCCCAAUCAACUUUUAAAGCUGGCACGUGCUGAAGGUUUGACCCUCAGUCCAACUUCAUCUCAAGACUGCUACACCUUGACCUGGACAAGUAAAUCUUUCUAUAAUUCAACGUGUAGAAUACAGCACACAUCUAAAGGACACACAGACAUAAAGGAAAAUGUGGAGGCCAAAAGAUUUGAAUUGUGCGGUCUGAAACCUUAUACCAGCCAUAGUUUCUCUGUGAGUUGUACCCCUAGUGGACUUCAUUCUGGUUUCCCAAGUGAUCCAGCACUUUAUGAAUAUACAACACCAGAGAAAGAACCGAGUUUAGGUCCAGAAAUAACAAAUGGCAGUUACAGUAUGACUAUGUGCAACAAUGGCAGAAAAAGUGUAACACUUUAUUGGAAGCAAGUUCCUGAGUUUGCCAGAAACGGAGUGAUAAAAAACUAUACUAUUGAUACUGGAGAUAUGACAGAAGAAGUCGAUGCAGGAAAAUUUGAAGCCACAGUUGAAACAGAUUGUAAUACUUCAGUCAUCCAACUUUUUGCUGUUAAUGGAGCAGGAAUGUCUACAACUCCUUCAGUACUGCAAAUCUCUAAUUUAACUGUGCCACCAAAUGUUGAGAAAACUUUUUCUGUAUUCCGAAACGAUGCGAACAAGACAUUUCAAGCUGUGUGGGAGUCCAAGAAGGACAAUUCUACCUACACUAUAUUUUGGUGUUUUAGAACUAGCACUUCAGCUAGUUGCCAGAGUGAAAUGUUUUGGUCUCUAGUUCCUGCAUCCCUGUCAGAUGUGGAGAUUCCAGAGCCAAAUCUCAGCCCCUUGAUUCGUGUGGGCAUUUCAGUUUUUGAUGGAAGACAAGCUUCUGGAAUUUUCUGGGCUGAAUGUUCAUACAUACAAAAUCCAAAUACAGUACCUGCCCCAGUAAACCUGGUUGCCAUCCCCAAAGAGAGCUCAGCCCUUUUAUACUGGAACCCUGCUGGUUGUGAAGAAAACGCUGUCAAAGUGACCAAAUAUCUAGUCAAGUACAGGAAAGAUGGUGGAAAGGCCAAUAACUACAGCACACAGACUGUACCAGGAAACAGGAACAAGUUUGAGCUGUCUGACCUAGAGACAGACAUAAAUUACACCAUCAAGGUACAGAGUGUAUCCAACAGCAAGCCUGGAGAGGAGGCUGUUACAUCGGUCAAAAUCAGCUCACCAGCCAGUGCAUUGGUGAUAAUCAUGAAAGUUGGUGGCACUUUGUCAGCCUCAGUAGCCAUUGUUCUUCUGUUACUGCCGUUACUUAAGAAUUUUUUUAGAUCAAGACGAAAGUUCAAAACACUGUCCUUCAGUAUGCCACAGGGUCUCAAUGAUCUAGAUGUGGAAGCUGGCCACCCUGUGGAGUCGUCCACCACAUCCCACGACGCCAGCACGACUCAACUUACCCAACACACCGAUGGUUCCCAGCUCAACCAAAACGACAAGCCAGGGACAUCAUCACCUACAAAUGGAUCCAUUUUGUCAACACAUUUCCAUGGAUGUAUUCCAUCCACUCCAUUUCUUCCAACCGCUGAAUGUAUUCCAUCCACUCCAUUUCUUCCAACCGCUGUAUUUAUUCCGUCCGCUGAAUCCUCCCCACUGCUGUCUGUUUUAGAGGAUUCUUCAGCUGUUGGCACCGAGUCGUACAUGAAAAUGUGCACAAAACCAGAUACUAGCCAGGAAUUGGUUGGUCCACAAAUAUAUGUAGACACUGUUCCUGCAGUUCUUGUAGUCACCAAACUCACUAAUUAAUGUCUAUUAACUUUUAAAGAAAUUAAAUAGUUUAUAAAACGCUAACUUGUAUCUGUAUUGAGGAAAAACCUUAAAACAUUCAAUUUUACUUUAUUUUUGCUCAUCGAAAAGAACAAAAUUUGUAGCUGAUAAGUUUUUAAAAGGUUUUAUAAAAAUGCCAUCAGUUUCUAGUGUAUUUGGUCGAGCGGGUAAGCACAUGGUUUCUAACUCAAAAGUCCUGAGUUCGAAACUUAGGACAAAAGAGACUCGUUAGCUGGGGACAGCAACCUAUCUAGGAAAGACAACUCCUAAAGCAAACAGUAGUGGAGCCCCUUAGACGAUAGGAUUACCACCCCUGGUCUCCUUUCGGCAGCUCCUGCGACACUGAGGGGGCCUGAUGCAUGGGCUGCUCAUAUCAAGCUGUUAGAGGGGGGCUGAUGCAUGGGCUGCUCAUAUCAAGCUGUGUGGAGAGAGGGGGCUUGAUGCAUGGGCAACAUGUGGCUCUUCUCAACUUAGGGCCCAGGCAACAUGUGGCUCUUCUUAACUUUGUGCUUGGAUAUCCAAUGUGCGAUCAUUCAAUGGUUUAUAGACUAUGAAGCCACACGUUGAAAGCAACAUUUUUUAAGGACCUACUGUAAAUUAAUAGGAAAAUUGUAACACAUUGAAAAUCUAUGCUUUGAAUUUCUUUUUUUAAAAAAUAUAAGUUCUUCUUCCUUAUUGUUUUUCUCGGUGCACAAGCAACCAGGGUUACUAGCCUCAGUCCAAUUUCUGACCGCAGCAAAUAUUCCUUGGUUCACGAUAGGCAACACAAAUUUGUGAAGACACAAAAAUGAAUCUCAACUAUAUUUUUCUAUUUUAUUGUGUAUUUGUGUCAGUAGCGUACG